GGCAAGAUUGUAAUAAUUUUGGAUGUGGCCUAGAUUCAUGACAAGCCUAUAAGGAGAGCAGAAACAGUGUUGGAGAAGUGCCUUGAGAUUUGGAAUAAUUACAGUCACUCUGCUUGAAGGAUAAGGUGAGACCAAGUCGGGGAUGCUCUCAUAAUGAACGUUAACCAGUCAGCUCCACCUGUGCCGCCAUUUGGGCAGCCCCAGCCCGUCUACCCAGGGUAUCAUCAAUCCAGCUAUGGUGGCCAACCAGGGUCCACAGCCGCCCCCACUCCCUAUGGAGCCUACAAUGGCCCAGUACCAGGCUAUCAGCAAACCCCUCCCCCAGGUGUUUCAAGAGCCCCAGCUUCUUCAGGGGCACCUCCAACCUCGACAGCACAGGGCCCUUGUGGCCAGACUGCAUAUGGCCAGUUUGGUCAAGGAGAUGUGCAGAAUGGACCAAGCUCCGGUGUUCAGAUGCAGAGGCUUCCUGGGUCUCAGCCAUUUGCGUCUGCCCCAUUGGCCCCUGUGGUCAGUCAGCCAGCUGUGCUUCAGCCCUAUGGGCCUCCCCCGACAAGCGCUCAGGUGACUGCUCAGCUGGCCGGAAUGCAGAUCAGUGGUGCUGUGGCCCCGGCCCCUCCUCCUUCGGGGCUGGGCUAUGGCCCACCAACAUCACUGGCCUCAGCCUCAGGAAGUUUCCCUAAUUCUGGUCUGUAUGGCUCCUAUCCUCAGGGCCAAGCUCCUCCCCUUGGCCAGGGUCAUCCGGGGGCCCAGCCUCCCCCGCGAUCUGUCCCACCACAGGCCUCCAGCUUCACACCCUCUGUCUCAGGGGGUCCUCGGAUGCCUCCGAUGACUGGUCCACUCUUGCCUGGACAGAGUUUUGGGGGGCCCCCAGUGAGCCAGCCCAACCAUGUGUCCUCACCUCCUCCUCAAACUCUGCCCCCUGGUACCCAAAUGACUGGGCCCCCAGGACCACCACCACCUAUGCACUCCGCCCAGCAGCCGGGCUAUCAGCUGCAGCAAAAUGGUUCCUUUGGACCAGCCCGGGGCCCUCAGUCCAAUUAUGGAAGUCCCUACCCAGGAGCAGCCACUUUUGGCAGUCAGCCUGGGCCUCCUCAACCAUUGCCUCCUAAGCGCCUGGACCCUGAUGCCAUCCCGAGCCCUAUUCAGGUUAUUGAAGAUGACAGGAACAACCGGGGUUCAGAACCAUUUGUUACUGGAUUACGGGGCCAGGUGCCACCCUUAGUCACCACCAACUUCCUGGUGAAAGACCAAGGAAAUGCAAGUCCCCGGUACAUUCGAUGCACAUCCUAUAACAUCCCUUGCACCUCUGACAUGGCUAAGCAGGCUCAGGUGCCCCUGGCAGCUGUCAUCAAGCCGCUGGCAAGGCUGCCCCCAGAGGAGGCUUCACCGUAUGUUGUCGACCAUGGGGAAUCUGGCCCUCUGCGCUGCAAUCGUUGCAAAGCAUACAUGUGCCCCUUUAUGCAGUUCGUUGAGGGAGGGAGACGCUUCCAGUGCUGCUUCUGCAGCUGUAUCAACGAUGUUCCUCCCCAGUAUUUUCAACACCUGGAUCAUACCGGCAAGCGUGUGGAUGCUUAUGACCGUCCUGAGCUGUCUCUGGGCUCUUAUGAAUUCUUGGCCACUGUAGAUUACUGCAAGAACAAUAAGUUCCCCGUCCCUCCUGCCUUCAUCUUUAUGAUUGAUGUCUCCUACAAUGCCGUCAGGAGUGGUCUUGUCAGGCUCCUCUGUGAGGAGCUCAAGUCACUGUUAGACUUUUUGCCUAGGGAGGGCGGGGCAGAAGAGUCAGCAAUCCGAGUUGGCUUUGUCACCUAUAAUAAAGUGCUCCACUUCUACAAUGUGAAGAGCUCAUUGGCCCAGCCACAGAUGAUGGUUGUAUCUGAUGUGGGUGACAUGUUUGUACCACUGCUGGAUGGCUUCCUGGUCAAUGUCAAUGAGUCUCGGGCCGUCAUCACCAGCUUAUUGGAUCAGAUUCCAGAAAUGUUUGCAGACACAAGGGAGACGGAGACAGUAUUUGCCCCAGUGAUUCAGGCUGGGAUGGAGGCUCUGAAGGCUGCUGAGUGUGCAGGGAAGCUCUUUCUGUUCCACACCUCCCUGCCCAUUGCAGAGGCCCCAGGGAAGCUGAAGAACAGAGACGACAGGAAGUUGAUCAACACAGACAAGGAGAAGACUCUGUUCCAGCCUCAGUCAGGUGCCUAUCAGACCCUGGCCAAAGAGUGUGUGGCCCAAGGCUGCUGCGUAGACCUCUUCCUCUUCCCUAACCAGUAUGUGGAUGUGGCCACCCUCUCUGUUGUACCCCAGCUCACUGGUGGCUCUGUCUAUAAAUACGCUUGCUUUCAGGUGGAGAACGACCAGGAACGGUUCCUGAGUGACUUGCGUCGGGACGUCCAGAAGGUCGUUGGCUUUGAUGCUGUGAUGCGGGUCCGGACAAGCACUGGAAUCCGUGCUGUAGAUUUCUUUGGGGCUUUCUACAUGAGCAACACCACAGAUGUGGAGCUGGCUGGGCUGGAUGGGGACAAGACGGUGACUGUGGAGUUCAAGCAUGACGAUCGGCUCAACGAAGAGAACGGAGCCCUCCUGCAGUGUGCCCUGCUCUACACCAGCUGUGCGGGGCAGCGACGGCUCCGCAUCCACAACCUGGCUCUCAACUGCUGCACUCAGCUGGCUGAUCUGUACCGAAACUGUGAGACUGACACGCUCAUCAACUACAUGGCCAAGUUUGCAUACCGGGGGGUCCUGAGCAGCCCUGUGAAGACUGUUCGUGACACUCUCAUCACACAGUGUGCCCAGAUCUUGGCCUGUUACAGAAAGAACUGUGCCAGCCCCUCCUCUGCGGGACAGUUGAUCCUUCCUGAGUGCAUGAAGCUCCUCCCAGUUUAUCUGAACUGUGUAUUGAAGAGUGAGGUCCUGCAGCCUGGAGCUGAAGUCACUACUGAUGACCGUGCCUAUGUCCGGCAGCUGGUUACCUCCAUGGACGUGGCUGAGACCAAUGUCUUCUUCUAUCCUCGGCUCCUACCAUUGACAAAGUCUCCCAUUGAGAAUACCACUGAACCACCAGCAGUUCGAGCAUCUGAAGAGCGUCUAAGCAACGGGGAUAUAUAUUUGCUGGAGAACGGGCUCAACCUCUUCCUCUGGGUGGGAGCGAGUGUCCAGCAGGGUGUUGUCCAGAGCCUCUUCGGUGUCUCCUCCUUCAGUCAGAUCACCAGUGGCCUGAGUGUUCUGCCAGUUCUGGAUAAUCUGCUGUCUAAGAAGGUUCGAAGCCUCAUUGAUAGUUUGAGGGCACAGAGAUCGCGGUACAUGAAGCUUAUUGUGGUGAAACAAGAGGACAAGCUGGAGAUGCUGUUCAAACACUUCCUGGUGGAAGACAAGAGCCUGAGCGGGGGAGCAUCCUAUGUGGACUUUCUCUGUCACAUGCACAAGGAGAUUCGACAGCUACUGAGCUAGAGCACAGGGGUAGACAGCACAGGGUCCAGGCCAGCUUCCAGAAAGUACCCAGGAGCCGAGAAACUGGGACAGUUCCAUAUCUUAUAAGUCAUGUAAGCUGACCUCAGUCUCUUCGGGGGGAGGGGGAGGUAUAAGGAGACACCUUCUUUCUGGGCUCAAGUAUCCUACCACUCUGUCAUGUCCUGCUGUUGGAAGGUGCCCCUUUCCCCUCACUUUAUCCUCCUUUUCCUGCUAAUCCUGUCGUAAUGAAUGUAGUUUCUCAGUUCACUGUAUAUGAUUUGGUGUUGGGGGAUCUGAAGCCACCCAGACCCUGGCAAUAUUAUGUGUCCCUUUGGACCAGCCUCCAAGAAGAGAAGGGCAGGUGGGAAGGCAUGGAGAUCCCAGUGGGUUACUACAGGGGGGAGGGGCCGCUGAUUCAGCUCAUUGUCAUCAACAACUUCCUAUAUUAGGGAAAACAUACAUACAGGUGCACAAGAGCUGGGCUGUAGGCCGUAGAUGGUAGAGAAGUGGUCAGUCUUCUUGGGCCUGGAAGUCAGCAGCCAACUCACAGUGACUGAGGGUGGUUGAUUAGCUCUCUUGCCCGGCUUCCACUGAUGCUUCUCCUGCAAUGACUGAUGAUCCCUUGGUGGACAGAGACACAUUAUCAGAAAUGAAUGAGCCUGGGAACAGUUGCAAAGUAUAUUGAGACCUAGGAGAGGUAUCAGCCUCCUUUCCAGCCAGAGCGGCCCCAACACUGGAUGGUUCUGUAGGGAGCCUGGUCAUCAACUUGCAAUACCUCACAGAGCCAGCCUACAUACCACUCUGAGCUUCCGCUGGAAACACUGCUCUCCAAGCUGUUGGCGAGAGAGGCAGAAGUGGCAAGUCUCUCCUGCUAGGACACCACUCAGGCUUUGAUAUUGACAGAGUGGCUGACAGUUAUCUUCCAACCCGACCUGGCUGAGGCAGGACAAGGGCUAGGCUUGAUGGUGGCCAGGCUUGCCUGCUCCCAGCCUGGGGUGCCCCUGCUCUGGACCUCUCAUUUCUCUUCAUUGGUUUAUUUUUCAAUGCAUCUUUAAUUUGUAAAGAAAUAAAAUAAAAAUAAAUUAAGAUGUA